CUAACUCAAGGGAGGAGAUAUGCUUGGAAGCCUAUGGAUACAAGGGAGUCAGGCGAUAGCUCACUUUUAAUUAGGCUACUUUUUUUCAAGGGCACCUAUCUGAAAGCAAACGUUUUAGCCUUUGAACCAUAUCAUCAUGUUCAGGUUGUUCCACUUCAUCUGCACUGUGGCCUGUGUCGCUGCUUCCAUGCAAAUAUAUGAAAUGUGCCCUGGAACAUCCUUCUAUAUACCACACUCACCUGAAUAUGAUCCCAAAACAUCAGAUUUAUACUUCACCCCACAGUCUGGUCCUUCAGCCAGGGUGAUGGUUCUUAACAAAACACAGCCAACAGAUUCUCAUUACAUGUUCAAGGAUGAGACACUGUUUAUUUUCGAACUGCGGGAGUCAGACACAGGAAUUUUCUCUUGGUCAAAUCACAAUAAAUUCCACACUAUCCUUAAACUUGUGAUUAAAGACUGUGCUGAACCAAAGGUGGUUGUCUUUGGAAACCAAUUGAAACUGAAUGUUCCCCCUGAGGCAGUAAUGCUACAGUUCGUUCGUGCAUCUGACCAGAGAAAAGCAACAAUAUGGCCUUCCUCCUUAUUCAAUGUUUCUAAGGGUUACAUUCAGGAAUCCUAUUGGUAUCAACAGAUUACCUAUGCUGACAGGGGAUUUUACACAUUCUGUAAAACGAAUUUGGCAGAGUUGUCAAAAAUACAGGUGAUCGUGACAGCUAAUGUACAGUAUCUCAAUUUGGAUGAGGAAGAUCACCUUGAAAUCUAUGUUCCAAUAGCUAAGGCUUCAGUGUCGGUGGAUUUUACCGCACUAGAAGGCAAGAAAUACACAGUAAUCAGCAACGGGUAUGCCACUGAAGAGGGAACCGACCACUUUCAUGGUCGGAUCAAGAUGACCAGCAGGUCAGGAGGAUCUGCCAUUACAGUGACCGACUUGCAGAGGAGUGACGCAGGCAGAUACCAGAUUUUUGACGGUCAAGGAAAUCUGCUUGCUGUGUGGCUUCUACGGCAAUACUCUGCCACCUCCUACUACGUGUAUUUGUUUGCACUGAUUCCUGUAGUGCUUGUUAUCCUGCUCAGUGUCUGUGUGAAGAAGUGCUGCUGUAAAAACACCAAAAGCAGCCCUACCUCUAACCCAGCAGCUGCCUCUUCUGAACCCAUGCCUUACAAUGCUGUUGAGAUUGAUGAACCUGCGCCAACCAACAGGACAGUGACACCCCAUCCUGUUGACACGGGUCCAGCGGAGGCAACGCCAUCAGCCCCUUCUGCUCCUUCAGCUCUUGGUUCUUCAUCCGAUCACCAGCCCCAGUACCAGCUGAAGGGAUUCGACAGCAGUGCAGGUGACUUCCUCACCACCUCCCCUCUCAGUAUGGACAACGCCGCUGCCAACGGCGAUACGUCUGUCUACUCAUCAAACAAGCUCACCUGGUGAUAUUGGGGGGGCCCUUGUCAACCCAACUUCAAGAGGAUUUCAUCCGACUGCUGUCUGUGUCAACUUGUGAAGGAAUAACCUACACUGGGCCUGUUUUCAGAGGAUGUACUUCAAAUGUUUUAUCACGUUCCGCUAACGUCCACAGGAGAUCGUUCAAGAUGGAUACGUAUUCUGUUCCCAAUGCAAUCACACCCAAAGAAUACUCUUUGUACAGUUCUCUCUAUAGUCAAAUAUUUUAUUUGGCAUAACCAGUAGUGGCAUUAUUUUCUACUAUCUUAACACUCAGAGUGGAUGGUAGUCUGUUCUGUCUAUUUCAGGGUUGAGUAGAAGCCACAUGCCUUAGUUCACUGGAGUGGCUGUCACCCUGUCUCUCUCCCCUGUGGUGUCAUUAUAGUGCUGUUCACAGUCUAAAAAUAUUGCCCUUGUUUAGAAGGAAUUCAGCCAUAUUCCUAAAAGCAUCUGAAGAGAAUUUCAGUGCAUCUCCCUCAGACAGGUGUGAAACCACUUCAUGGUAAUUGUUGCUAGAUUUCUCUCCGCUGCUCGAGGUAGAGGGUUCAGGAGGUCUUUGUUAUUUAGUAUUACACCUUGUGUCUGUUUUAUAUCCUUUUAAGGAUCAUAUUUCCAUACAGGUGAAAUUUGUGAUUUUAAUGUUAAUUUUAGACUUUAGGUCAUGGUAUGUUUUUCUUUGAAGAUAUGUUUUAUUUAGAGCGAACUUUUACAUUAGCCUGUUACAUUACACCAUGACAGCAGAGUUAGUUAAAACCAUUUGUUAAUUUGCUCAAGGGCACAACAGUGGAAGCAGGGAAUUGAACCCACAACGUUUCAGGCUACUGCAUACUACAGCUCCUAAGCCACUAUGCUGGCGCAACUUGUGACUUUGUGAAUACUAUUGUUAUUAUAGGAAUAUAACAUGGAGGGCAAGGGUAUUAAAGUCACUAUUAUUACAUUACAUUACAUUACAUUACAUUACA